AUGGCACAAAAAACCAAUGUCAUGCUGUAUGGCCUUGGAGCGAUCGGAUCGUUCUAUGCGUUCAUUUUGGAACGAACACAACGUGUGCGGUUAACCGUGGUGGCGCGUUCGAACCACGAGGCUGUUAAGAAAAAUGGUCUUCUCAUCAAAAGCGCCAAUCAUGGUGAACAUCUGGUUCGACCAGCCAAAGUCGUGAAAACGCCAGCCGAGGCAGGAGAAACUUACGAUUAUAUUGUGUGCACCACCAAGGCUGUUGAUCAGGCGUCGAUACCCCAGCAACUGGCUCCGGCUAUUGAUGAGAGCAAGACAUGCAUAGCCAUCAUUCAGAACGGGGUCGGAAAUGAAGAUCCUUUUCGACAAGCGUUUCCAAAAUGCUCGAUUUUGAGCUGCGUGACAUGGGUGGGUGCCCAGCAAGACACUCCAGGAGUCGUCCACCAUUGGGCGUCAGAAAACACCCAGAUAGGCAUCUUUCCCAAUAAAGAUCUGGAGCCUGCCUUUGAAAAGACCAAACUAGACGAAUUCACGUCCUUGUUGCGACAAGGCGGAACACCAUUUACGGUCGAAGAGAAUAUCCAAAUCCAGCGGUGGGAGAAAGUCGUCUGGAACGUGGCCUGGAAUUCACUGACUACUCUUACGAUGCUCGAUACUCAUUCAUGGUUAAAGUCGUCGCCAGACUCGAUGCCCAUGACCCGGAAAUUGAUGCGGGAAGUGAUUGAUGUGGCCAGAAAAUGUGACGUACCGAUCCAAUACGAACUGAUUGACGAACUGAUCGAGAAGAUUUUGGCCAUGCAACCGAUUGGCAGUAGUAUGCAAGCUGACUGUAAAAUGGGCCGACCGAUGGAAGUGGAAGUUAUUUUGGGAACUCCCGUGCGGAAGGGAAGGGAAUUGGGUAUACCGAUUCCCAUCCUCGAGGUGCUCUAUACCUUGUUAUUGGCUAUUAACAGCCGAAUGAAACCCAGCUCAUAG